AUGGAGGACAGCAACUCCAUGUCAACACCGUACCUUUACGGCACAAGUAUGGACCCUCCCCAUGACCACGAAGUCCUGCGCACCGACAUAGAACAACUGUACAGGAAAGCACUUGGAGAAAUAAGAUAUAUCGCGGACAGCACAAGACCCGACAUAGCAUUCCCAGCAGCAGCACUAGCACGAGCCUUAAAGAAACCCACGGCACGGCACUGGCAUGCAGACUUCGCCAAUGAUGAACAAACAAGAAAAUCAUUCUCAGGAACAAUAGUCACACUCAAUGACUCCACGGUUUACUGGCAAGCAAAACAACAACCGAUCGUUGCGAAGAGCACAUGCGAGGCUGAAUACAUUGCCGCAGCAGAAACGGCAACACAUGCCAUCUGGCUUCGCAACAUGUUGACAGAAAUAGGCAUUUAUACAACAGAACUUCCCAUUCGCAUAGACAACACAGCAGCUGAGCACAUAGCCAAGCAAAAAGCACCAACCAAACGAAGAAAAUGUAUCGACAUACGAUAUCAUUACCUGCAGGAUGUCACACAAAACCAAACGGUGGCAGUGCAGCGCAUAGGCAGCAAAGACAUGCCUGCCGAUAUCAUGACGAAACCCGUCAAAGCACCACUGUACCACAAGCACCGCCAACACCUCGGUGUAAUCAUGCGACCACCACCGACAGCGGCAUCUUGA